AUGUCGAGCGGACGAGCUGUUCCCGAUUUUAACGAUACUGACUUCGACACGGAGGACCCCGUGGCCUACCAGAAGGCGAUCAGGCAGCGCGUGGUGGAGCACAUCGUCGCGACCGAGGAAAUGGCCGAACUGCAGACCCAGCUCUCGCAGUGCUACUACAGGGAGGGUGUGAACUAUCGUAAGAAGUGCCGCCCCCUGGCUGAGGAGUACAUGAAGAGGCUUGAGAAGUGGAAGGCCUACAUCCCUCCUGAGGGCGAGGAGACCGACAGCGUCGUUCGGAUGCGCUCCUAA